UUGUAGAUAGAGAUGUCAGACGAUUAUGAGAAUGAUUUUGACGAUUUUGAUGAUGAUGGGGUUGAAGAAGUUGGUCCAGCUAGUGGUGUCAAGGGAAAUUCGGGUUAUGACUACCAGCCUGGAGGGGGGACGAGUAAUUCGAAGCCUUCCUUCGCAGGAGGUUCAAAACCUCUAGCUGGUGGAAGCAAGCCUGAUUGGCUUAAAAAUAAUAAUUCGAAACCUUUUGCGGCUAAGCCAGCUUAUGGAGCAGGCAAUACCUCUACUCAAGGUCAGUAUAAUCCAAGGAAGGCUGAUUCUAUUUCAGUAAAUAGAAUCAACCCAAGAAGAAAUCCUAGCCAGGAGCCAACUUCAAAGACUGCAAUGGGUGGGGAUUAUGACUUGUCUGGAAAGAAUUCGAAACCAGGUUCAAAACAGAAGAAGAAAAAGCGUGAUUUCUCUGUAAACCUUCCACCAAAGCCCAAGAAAAUCAAUCUUCCAAAGGAUUAUUUGGAUAAAUAUACUAAGAACAAUCCAGUCAGGGACUUAGAGAGGUCACUCAAAGAAAUAAAGGACAACAUAAAGAACUUACAGAAGGAGUUACAAGAGUCUCAGUCUAUCACCAAUGAUCUCAAGCGUCAAAAGGCUUUACAAAGGAUCAACAAAGAACUUCGUGGUGAACUCAAGAAGUUGUCUGAAAACUCAACUAUUCUCUGUGAUGAGCUGCAAAAGAAGCAUUAUAAGAAAAAGAAGACUCCGAGAAAGAUCGAUGGCGAGACAGAACUCAAAAUCAAGAACAAAGAACUAGAGAAUGCUGAUAAAUUGAUGAACAAUCUUCUCACCGAAUACAAUACCGUCAAGAAGAGGAUCGAACAAGUUAGUGAUUUCAACUACGCUGUUGACCUCAAAUCCAAAAUUGCUGAGAACAAGCAGACCAUUAAGGACAAUAACAAGAAGAUUAAGGAGCUAGAACAGGACCAAAAGAAGCGCGACAUCCAGAUGAACCGGAUGCUUAAGGAAGAAAAGUCAGAGAAAAUGCGAAGGGUUGACUACAAGCACUCAAAAUUGACCUACCUCCAAGAGAAAAUCAACGAAAUGCAGGUGAAAAUCGAGCAUCUAGAGAAGGAAAAACAGGAAAAGGACGAACAAGAACAGGACAUUAGGCAGAAAUAUGAAGCCAUGCUCAGGAUCGGAGAGCACUACGGCAUCAAUGAAAACAACAUUGACAACGAAGAAGACAUUUUUAAGAACAAACUUAUGGAAGAAUAUGAGAAAGUUAUACAGAUUGAGUCCAUGGAGAAGCAGUACAAGAUUGAGAUCAAGGAGAAGAAGAAAAUGAUCAAAGAAUACACUGAUAAAAAGAAAAAUGCGACUAAGGAACUAGGCACAGUAGUCAACGAUAUCUUAGGCAAAGCUGAGCAGCUCAAUGGGCUGAUUGAGAAGAUGAGAGGCUUUGGGAUGGGAGAAGAUAUCCUCAAUAGAUGGGCUGAAGAAAAUAAGCAGCUUAUAGAAACAGCGAGUCCUAAAAGAAGGUUAAAGGAAGAUAAAGCUCCUGCUCCAAAGAAAGUUGAAAAGCCGAUUGUUGCUAAUAAACCUUCAAUUUCAAAUAAGCCAACAAUUGCUGAGAAGAACAAGCCAUUUGGGAUGAUGAAAAAGAAUGAUGUUACUAGUAGAGCCUCUGUCAACCAAUCCCAAGACAAUAUUGAGGAGGAUGUUCCUGAAAUGAUUGAAGAAAAGGUUGAAGAAAAGAAAGAAAAACCUCAAGCUAAGCCAACAAAACCAUUUGGAAAUAUGGGCUCCAAGGCAACUAAACCUUUUGGAAAGCCUUUUUCAAAGCCAUUUGGAAAUGCAACCAAUACUGGAAAUAAUGCUAACUCAUCGGUAGCUGAUAAUGCCUCUAAUGCUGGCAAUCAAGAUCCUCCGAAACAAGCGCCUUUGUCUUUUACUGAGAAAUAUGGGCUUGCAAACAAAGAAGAACCAAAAGCAGAUCCAAUUCCAACACUAAAUCAGGAUAACUCUCAGAGUAAGAUGAAUAAUGCUCCUUGGAUGAGAAACAAACCGACUCUAGGAGAAAAUAACAAUGCUGAAUCAGCAGGAGGAUACAUUCCUUCCAUGGGAGGAAAUCAGAACACUGCUAAUAAUAACUCCACUGGUGACUAUAUCCCGACAAUAGGUUCAGGCCCAAGGAGGGUCGGCCGACCACCUCAAAAUCAGAGCGCAAUUCCAACUAUGGGAGAAGAGAAAAAGAAUGAUACUAAUAUUGAUAGAAUUCCAACUUUGAAUGAUCAACCUAAUAAUGGUAGCCAGAUCGGGACCAUGCCUAGAAGAAUUGGGCAACCAUCUGGCAGCAGCCAGAUUGGUUCCCUUCCUCGAAGAGUAGGCCCAGCCUCUACCAAUGAUAGUCAGAUUGGAACAGUUCCAAGGAGAGGACAAGAGGAUUCUAAGAAUGAUAUAAACAAGAUACCGAUGAUCGGAAGUUCGAACAGAGACCCUAUAGAUAAUAUCCCAAUGAUGGGUGGGUCAAAUAAUGAUCCUAUUGAUAACAUCCCAACUCUAAAUUCUGGCUCGAAUGAUCCAAUCAAUAAUAUCCCAACUAUCGGAGAGUCAAAUAAUAACUCAAGAAGAAGGCCUAUGGAGUCAAAUGAUACUGGAGGAUAUAUUCCCUCAGGGAUGUCCAACCAGGCUGAAGAGAAACCUCUUCCAGGAGGUAGGAGAAGAGUUGCUGAUCCGUUCUCAAAAGCGAGUAAUGAUCCUCCCAACAGCUCGAAUAAGCCAUUCCCCUUUGGAGAAAAUAAUAUUUCCAGAAUUAGUAACAAUUCUGGCACGAACAAUAACUCUUUGUUCCAAUCUAAUAGAAACGAGAAGAAGCCAGGCAAUUUCGUUGACAAUUUUAGCGGAGGGAAUGACAAGAAAGAACCACCCAAAAAGAACGACUUCUGGGGUGGAAUUUUAGGUGGUGACAAGCCACCAGCUCCUACUAAGAAACCUAAUGCUCCGAAGCCAGUACCUAGUGGAAUCCAAAGUAAUAACAGAGCGGCUUUCCAAGAUGUAGCAUCUCUUGAUGAUGAAUUUAUGCUAGAUUAA